GGCGGUUCCGGGGGCGCCGGCGCUUCUGUGAGUGGUGUGCGGGAGGAGAGGGGCUCCGCCACCUCCGCCCCUUCCGCCGCCUCCUGCCUUCUGCUCGGCAGAGAGGAGGCCGCCAUGCACCCCGUUUUCCAGAGCAGCCGGCGCGACUUUACCUUCGGGCCGUGGAAGCUGAGCGCCGCCCGGACGCAUAUCAUGAAGUCGGCGCAGGCCGAGAGGUUGGCUGAUGAAUUACACAUGCCUUCCCUGCCAGAGAUGAUGUUUGGAGACAAUGUCCUAAGAAUACAGCAUGACCAUGGUUUUGGAAUUGAGUUCAAUGCUACAGAUGCUUUAAAAUGUGUCAAUAAUUGUCAAGGUAUGAUCAAAGUCGCUUGUGCAGAGGAGUGGCAAGAGAGCAGGAGUGAGACUGAGCACAGUAAAGAAGUUGUCAAGCCAUAUGACUGGACUUACACAACAGAUUACAAAGGAACUUUGCUGGGAGAUACUGCAACAUUAAAGGUUGUUCCUACAACAGAACACAUAAAUACAGAGAAAUUGAAAGCCAGGGAACAAAUUAUGUUUUUUGAAGAAGUACUUCUGUUUGAAGAUGAACUCCAUGAUCAUGGAGUAUCAAGUUUGAGUGUGAAAGUAAGAGUUAUGCCUUCCAGCUUUUUUGUGCUGCUGAGGUUCUUCUUGCGAGUGGAUGGAGUACUCAUCAGGAUGAAUGAUACAAGGCUUCAUCAUGAGGCUGACAAGACCUACAUGUUGCGAGAAUACACAUCCAGGGAAAGCAAAAUAUCAAGUCUAAAGUUUUGCUUUUUAGAAUGUUCCACCUUCCCUGUUCACGGAACCUAAUGAGAUCUCUCAGUAUCUACCCAUAAAGGAGACAAUCUGUGAAAAACUAGAAUUCCCAGAGAAGCUGGAGCCUAAACCAGAAGCGUCACUGGAAACCAUAUGUGCUAAGUCUAAAUAAAUGUGACUUUAUAAGGACUUGAAGUAUACUGGAGAUUGUGUGAUCACAGUUGUUGACAUGGGGGGUGUUUCACUACUAGUGGAAUGAAGAAUUUGGCUAAUUUUUCUGUAGCCUUGAGAGAAAACAUUUCAAGCAGAUUUUGCUAAUGGUGUUUUUGGUUUGGAUUUUUUUUUAACCUGUGUUUGGAGUUGAUGAUAGACUGGUGGUGAGUUACAGUUUUCAACGCAUUGGAGAAAUGACUAUUGGGAGUCUGGGUUCUGUUUAGUUCACCAAGCAGGCAGGAGUAUUGUCUGGACUGCCAUCCACUUAAAAUUCUACGAAGAUUUUGUUAUUGCUGCUUCAGAUACUAUGAAACUACCAGAGUUGUAAAACUGGCAUGAUUUUAUUUUUAUUGAGAAAUAAUCCACAGUAAAAAAAAAAAUUCCUCUGCAUUUAUUUUGAUCUGUCCGUCCUAAACUACCCAUUUUCCUUGGCUUCCCCUACUGGUAGCCAACAAAGUUACUUCUUGUAGUUUCUGAUCCAGAGUCUCACCUAAGAAUAGUCAUUUCAUCUGAGAUAGGUUUAAGUGUAGAGAAAAAAUAUAUUUGUUUGACACUAUAUAAAGGUAAAAAUUAUUUGUGAAGCAUUAACUCCAGGAGAGCUGGAGGUUAACAGAGAGCCACUGCUAAGUCUCUUCACAAAAGCUGGUUUAAUCUAGUGUCAGCUGGAGUUCUGUGGGCAGUUUUGGGACUCUCUGGGCAGUUCUGGGACUCUCACCUGAGGUCCCUGUGCUGCUCCAGUAACGUACGCUGCUGGAAAGGUAUCUCCCUGCACUGGCCUUCUCUUGGAUGUGCCCACAUGGGAUGAUUCUACUGCCCUGACAGCCAAGUUGCAAAACUGCCUUGAGGCUUAUCUUUGGGUAAGUCUGAUCCCUAAAGAAUGCUGGUAUUUGCAGUUUGAGAAAUGAGAUCCUGUAUGGCCUUAGAAGGAUGCUAACAUAUAUUCCGGAUAUAUAAUUUUGGUUUAUUUUAAAAUUCUUCUAAGUUCUAGUAUUGAUAGAAGUGUGGUCACUUGUAUAGUCAUGGUUUCAACACUCUGUAGAUGAAACUGAAUACUUGUAUUGCUUUUGGAAAUUGUGCAAUAUAGUACUGGUUUGGCCUAAGAAUGGGGCAGUUAAGCAGGCUUGUCUGGGUUUGCUGCUGACACUCAGUGCAGGAAGAAUGUAACUGCAGUGAAAAGCAGGCCCGGUGGUGCAAGGUGCUUGCAGAUAAGAACAGGGACACAUUCUCAUGUCUUGGGGUUUUUGUUUAAAAAUCUUCAUAUUCUACACCGCAUGGCUUACUAGAAGCAGCCCACCACAAAACCUUGUAUUUAAUAAUAUAUUUUGUGAGGUUUUCAUGUAGAGAAAACCUCUUUUAUUGGGGGGGGGAAGUGUACUGCUAUCUAAGUGACUGUUCCUUGUUAAAAACAAAUAACACACUGAUUUCACUUUUAUUUGAGGCCACCUGGUCUAGUGAAUUCUACUGCAGGUGGAAAGGCAGGAACUAACUGCAAUUUUUCCUGUGUCACUGAUUUACUCUAGCCACGAGGAAGACGUUUUUCUGUGCCUCCAUUCCCUUUAUGUAAAAAUGGAAGUUAAUGCCUACCUCACAGAGAGACUGUGAGGAUUAGUUUGUACAAAGUUACUGAUUAGAAAUUUUUUUUUCUGAACACACCUUCAGCCUUAUCCUUGGAAUACUUUGGAAAGGAUUACUGUAAAGAAAUUAACUAUAAGAUAAGUGAAGAGAACUGAAACAGUUUCUGAAAGAAGUUGUCCAGCUGUGAUAAUUACCAGGUAAUUAUCAGACAUGAUCUGGGUGAAUGAAUUUAUGGCCACUUUGAAAUAGAAGCAAGGUCCUCUAUGUUCCCCAUUACAGUCCUAAAAUCUGUUGGCUUUUUCUCAUCUUCCUGCCCUUGUUUCCUAAACAUUUUAGUGUCAGGAUGAAGAAAAGGACUGCAAAUAGAUGCAGCACCGAGAAGAUUAAAAUCCGUUUAGUAAUAGAAGAUUAUUUGGGUCCACUCCAGUGUUUGAGGGAAGUGAGGAAAGAGUGAAAAGGAAUGACAAAUGGAAGUGAAGAGUUAUUUUUCUGGUAGAAGUAAAUUAUGGCACUUACUCUAAGCAUAUAUUAGUAUACAUGCCUCAGAGCUUAUAAAAACACAGCUUAUAAAAACAGCUGGUAUGGCUGGGAGCAGAGCUCAUGUAGUGCUGGCAUGAAGGAAACUGUAUCUGCAUUUGUUAAUUCAACCUGUGAUUUGAGCUUGGUCAGUGAUGCAAACGUUAAACUCCUUUGGUCUAAAAUGGAGUGUGGGGGGGAAAGCCACAGAGUGGGGAGGGAGCAGUGGAAAGGGCACUCUGCAUGAUUAGCUUAUACUGUGUGUUUUCUCUUGUCCAUCAUACAUCCUAAUUUGUGACCUGUUGAUAAAGUUUUAUGGAAUUGACUUUGUAUCUAAUUGACUAUAGAUACAUGCUCUCCAUCUAUUCUGAAGGGUGCUGUGCAUUUCAGUGGGACACAUUUUGGGGAAAUCACAAGAACACCUUUAGGAAGUUAUAGUUACAGCAAGUUCAAAAUUGGAGCACUUUGUGACUUUCUUACGCCACACAGAUUACCAAGAAGCAGCGAUAUAAACUAGUGUACAGCAAGUGGACUGACACAAAUUUUCCACAGAAAAGUACCACUUUGAAUAAACAACUUUAGGGCGAGAGGGAGUGGGGUGGUUCUCCAGCUGUUUUGUGUGGAGUUUUAUGUGGCAGUUUAUAUUGUUCCUUGUAUGUUGCUUAAUAAAACGUACCAAACAUUUUGCAGUUCUGUUUUUAACUGAGCAAAACAAACUGAAAUAACUACUUGUGAUGCUGAAUUUUGGCUGCUUUG